UACUAUUAUAUGAUCUUUUAUAGAGAAUUUUUAAACUUUAAAAACCAGUAGUUUUAAAGAUAAUAUUGAAAAAUUAUAACUUGUCUAUGAAAAAAAAUCCCUCCCCAAUGAUUAAACAUUUAAAAGCUAAAAAAAGAAGUGUUUUAAACUUAAGCUGCUACAACAACAUUUGCCUAAAGGGUCCUAAUAAAUAAUAGCAAAAUACAACACAUAAACAUAAUAAUAAAAAAAGAAUAAUAAAUACAGUGAUUAAAACUAAAAGAAAAAAAUAAAUAUUAAAAAAAAUACAGCAGCAGUGGUAAUAACAAAAAUUAAAACAACUCAUCAGUAAAUACAAACAAAAAUAAAACAAAACAAAAAAAGAUCUGCUUAAGGCCAACAUCAUAAAAGUCAUCAUCAUCAGCAGGAGUUUUUUUCAAGAAAAAUUGUAAAAAAAAAACACAAAACCCCACCUUAUGACACAAUGCGCCUGUUUUCCUCACAACACUCCUCGGCAGCAGCAACAGAACAUGCAAAUGCCAUUAUAGCCAAAAACAGCAUGCAACAUGCCAUGGAUCACGGCAGUAAUAUCAUAGAAAACACACACAUAAUGCGCAGAGAUCUAAGCAAAAAUACUCAACAGACAAAUGGAAAAAUGUAUCGUACCUCUUCGUCGGCUUCAUCAAAGAGUGGCAGUAAUAAAAAACAUAAAACCAAUAAUUUUGAGGCAUCAACUCGAGGCAGAGAACGUCAUGCUGGUGAACGUCAUAAUGAAGAAUAUAAAUCAAGGUCGUUGGAACGUUAUGCCAAACCACCUCACACUCUGGCGGCUGCAGCAGCAGCUGCCCUUGAUCCCCACGAUGCUGAUGGUGAUGAUGAAGAGGAAAUUUAUGCAGCAGCUAGAAGAACUCUCACACCAUCACUCUCCACCCAACGCAGACGUCUACUUUCUCCCUUUGUCUCGAUGAAAAGACGCAGUCGCAGCAGUAUAAGCAGCAGUGGUAGUCGUUCUCAUUGUGAUUCCCGCGAGGUAAAUUUCAAUCUUAUGCUACCGCCACUAAAACUACCCGGACCCAUGCAACACCACAUAAUGGAACAUCAAAAAUCCAACUCUAACAUAAACUGUCUUAAAAACACCAACAAACACUUGGGCAAUUCUGCCAGUUCACAGAGUGGUGAUAGUGGUACGGGUGGCACUGAACUUGAACAAGAUUGUAGUCGUACCUCGGCAGCGGAGAGUAGUCAACUCAGUUUGAGUUAUUCACAAUUGAGUAGUGCAUCCUCUUCCUCGAGUACUCACAGUCUCUCAAAACAAUCUAAAAUGAGUCACACACCACGUUCACACUCAAAUGUUUCCAUACACAUUGAUGAUCAUCAUAAUCAACAUAUUAUACAUGAUCAUGAUCGUGAUCAUCAUGAUCACAAUGACAUUGAACUUUUGAAUAAGCAACAUGUUGUUAAUGAUUAUCAACAUGUUGUAGUUGAUGCUGAUACACUACUACAUAGUCGUGAUCAAGAAUUUCAAAAUACCGUAAGAGGAGCGACUGGGGAAUGUGUUGGUUCUUUUAACAAUAAACUUGUUAGUGUUGAUCAACAGCAAGAUCAGUCGUCACAACAACUACAACAUCCACAUUAUAGAGAUUCUGUUUUUUCUUCAGAUGAUUUUUAUUGUGGCAAUAUUACAUUGGUGGAUGACACCUACUCAAAUUAUGAUCCUGAAAAUGAUGCUGAGCGCAUGUUUUUACAAGUGGUGGGCAUAUUAAGGGACGAAAAGGAGAAAAUGCGUCAAUUCCAAAAAGUCUUGGAAGAUUUAAGUUCUCGCGUAGCCUCAGCUGAAGCUACUACAAAUUCCUGGGUUGUACCACCCACUAGUUCGGAAGCCAGUGAACAAUUACAACAUCUACAACGUCUCAGAGAUAAAAUGACUACUGCGGGUGCUUUGUUAGAUGAUUGCAACGAACAGCAGUCAUUCUUCACCGCCAAUCAGGUGUUGGUGCCAGCUAAUUGUCUAUCCAAAUUGGAAGAUUUGAAUACUAGAAUGAAACUCUUACAAAUUGCUAUGGAUGAAAGACAAAAAGUUUUGUUAAAUGCUGGCGGCAAUCAAUCUUUGGAGAAUGGUGAAGAUGGUCGUUGUACUUCGAAUAGUGGCACAAUUGGCCCAAUACCAAAUCUAGGACAAAGUGUUAAACCACCAUGGGAGAGAGCUACAACAGCAGCCAAUGUGCCUUAUUAUAUAGACCAUGAACGUGAAACCACCCACUGGGAUCAUCCCGAUAUGAUCGAACUAAUGAAAAGUUUAGCCGAUCUUAACGAAAUACGCUUUUCAGCCUAUCGUACUGCCAUGAAAUUGAGAUCUGUACAAAAAUCUUUAGGUCUAGAUCGCAUUCCUAUGUCGGCAGCUAUAGAAUCAUUCGAUAAUCAUGGUUUAAGGGCACAAAAUGAUAAACUAAUCGAUAUACCCGAUAUGACCACCGUUUUACAUUCACUCUAUGUGACUUUGGAUAAAAUCGAUUUGACAAAAUCAUUGGAUCUAGCGAUUAAUUGGAUAUUGAAUGUAUAUGAUUCACAGCGCACCGGACAGAUAAGAGUAUUGAGUUUUAAGGUUGGUUUGGUUUUAUUAUGUCGCGGCCAUUUAGAGGAAAAAUAUCGUUAUUUAUUCCGUUUGGUAGCGGAUCCAGAACGUAAAGUUGAUCAAAGAAAAUUGGGACUGUUGUUACAUGAUUGUAUACAGGUUCCGCGUCAAUUGGGUGAGGUGGCAGCUUUUGGUGGUUCCAAUAUUGAACCUUCAGUACGUUCCUGCUUAGAGAGAGCUGGUAUUUCUCAAGAAGGUAAUAAGAUAAUAUAA